AUGGCGGUGGCGGAUGGGAGUCGCAGCUCCGAACCGGGCCGCGCCAGCGAUACCUUCCUCCUCGGCAGCGCCACGACGUGGCCUUUGAGACGCUACGGCCGCUUCUUGCCUCCGACGGACGGCGCCGAGGAAGAGCAGAACACCUCCUCUUGGAAGGUUUGGGAAUCAAAUGAAGAAUCAGGCCAUCUAAUCCUUACCAUUGUUGUAUCUGGCCAUUUCUUUAUUUCCCAAGGGAGCACAGUGUUGAAUGAGUGCCGCAUGUUUCGCAUUCAGUUCGGCGGAGAUUCAAGAGAGCAGAUGCUGGAACAUUGCUGUAGUUGUGUUCAGAAGCUUGCAGAGUAUGUGCCGGUUCAAGCCCCUGAGGAGCAGAGCCAGCAGCUCUACCACAGCCUCAGUCAGCCAGCCAACGUUGGAAAGCAGCCAGAUGAGCCUCUACCAGAUUCCUGUGCAAGUCUUGGAGAAAGAAGAUCUGUAAUACAGCUAGCACAGUCGGUGCUGAAGACAUCUGCUCUGCCACUCGUGUACCAGCACUCAGUGUGGCAGGCCGGAGAGCUGGGGCCCUUCAUUCGCUUCUGUCUUAUGGACCAGAAUUUCCCAGCAUUUGUGGAAGAUGUGGAGAAAGAACUGAAAACACUCACAGAGGGCUGA